AUGUUGAACCAAGUUUACGCAGGAUUCGGUGGAGUCGUGUUGGCAAAAGAGGAAGGUGAGCAUAUUGCCGAGGCUCUUGGCCCUACCAACAAGAACAUCAUCCUACAGAACCAUGGACUUUUGACAGCCGGAGGAACAAUUGCUGAAGCGGCAGCAUUUUUCAUUGCCUUGGAGCGCGCUUGUCAUACUCAGCUUCUGGUUGAGCAGUCUGUUGCACCUGGAACUAACGGUACGGCGAGCGGGUUAAAGAAGACAGUAGUCGGCGAUGAGGAGGCUCAAUACACUAAAGAUGGAACCGGUACACCAGCAGUCAUGUACAUGCAGUUCGUCCCAGAGUACCAGUUAAUUCUGAAAGAGUCUGGGGGUGAUUUUCUGUUGUGA